AUGCUUUUCUUCUCAACAAAAGCAGUUUUAAUGGACACAGUUUUCUGUUUUUCUUUUUGUAGAAUUGUCAUCUGCAUUUCGAAUUUGACCACUCCGAACACUCGGUUAACUGGACACGUCAUAGAUAAAAUAUCGCCAAUCGGGUUGCAGAUGUGUCUGAAAGAGUGCUGGGCUAGAUCUAUUUGUGCGUCCUUGAAUUUCUACCGGACGCAAUUAGAAUGUGAACUUUCCUCAUCUAAUGGCGAAUUACAUUCUUCAGAUUUAGUCCAUGACCCGGAAUAUGUUUAUGUUGAGAAGGCAAAAGCACCAAAGACAGACUUUGAGGACUGCAAUGAAUCAUGUUUUUCCGAAAGUAAAUGUGUGGAAACAGUUUCAGGUCCAGCCUGUGUCAAGUCAGAUUGUCCUCGCCUUCAUCCAGACAGGGGUAAUACUUCUGUAGUUGUCACCUCCACCACUGUAGGGACAGUUCUGAACUAUCACUGCACUAAAUUCCCAGACACACAUGUGUCCCUGACUUCUACUUGUCUCCCCAAUGGAACAUGGACAUCCCAGUUGGAACUUUGCAAAUCCUCCAUACCUCGAGGUAAUUAA